GCCCACCUAACCAGCCAGCUGCAGCGGUGCGCUUUGCAGCCUGCCCACGCCCUGCAACAAGUGCUGAGACAACAGACCCGGGCUGCCAUGGCGGCCAGCAGGUUCCUGGAGGUCCCCCAGGCGCCGCCCGAUGCCAUCCUGGGCAUCAGCGAGGCUUUCAAGGCCGACAACAGCCCCCAGAAGAUGAACCUGGGCGUGGGAGCAUACCGCGACGAGGAGGGCAAGCCGGUGGUGCUGGGCGCGGUGCGGGAGGCGGAGCGGCGGGUGCUCGAGGACCCCACUGAGAACAAGGAGUACCUGGGCAUGGGCGGCAUCCCCGAGUUCUGCCGCCUGUCUGCCCGCAUGGCGUUUGGGGAGGGCAGCGCCGCGCUGCGCGAGGGCCGCAACGCGACCAUCCAGGGCCUGUCCGGCACAGGCUGCCUGCGGGUGGGUGGCGAGUUCCUGUCCCGCUUCUACCCCGGCCCCAAGAUCGUGCUGAUCCCCACCCCCUCCUGGGCCAACCACCGCGCCAUCUUUGAGCGCUGCGGCAUGCAGGUGCAGCAGUACAGGUACUACAAGGCUGACACCCGCGGCUUGGACUUUGAGGGAAUGAUCGAGGACAUCAAGGCGGCGCCCGAGGGAGCCAUCCUGCUGCUGCACGCAUGCGCUCACAACCCGACGGGCGUGGACCCCACGCCCGAGCAAUGGCAGGGCAUCCUGGAUGCGGCCCUAGCCAAGAAGCUGCUGGUAUUCUUCGACUCCGCCUACCAGGGCUUUGCCAGCGGCGACCUGGACCGAGACGGCUACUCCAUCCGCCUGUUCUGCGACGCGGGGCUGGAGCUGCUGCUGGCGCAGAGCUUCGCCAAGAACAUGGGCCUGUACGGCGAGCGCGUGGGGGCACUGACGGUGAUUGUCGGCGACUCGGCUGCCGCCAAGAAGGUCGAGAGCCAGCUCAAGAUUACGGCGCGCCAGAUGUACAGCAACCCUCCCCGCCACGGCGCCUCCAUUGCCACUCGCAUCCUAGCCGACCCGCAGCUGUAUGCCCAGUGGAAGGUGGAGCUCAAGGGCAUGGCCGACCGCAUCCUCACCAUGCGCCAGCAGCUGUACCAGGCGCUGCAGGAAGUGGGAGCCCCUGGGGACUGGGGCCACAUCCUGAGGCAGAUCGGCAUGUUUAGCUACACCGGGCUCACCAAGGCCCAGGUUGAGAACAUGACCAACAAGUGGCAUGUGUACAUGACGUUUGAUGGGCGCAUCUCCAUGGCCGGCCUUUCAAGCUCCAAGUGCGGCUACCUGGCGCAGGCAAUGAAGGACAGCGUAGAGAACUGCUGAGGACAGGAGACGCAGGGGAGGGCAGCAGUCACCUGGCGGCAGCUGUUCCUGGCGGCAGAGCCUGCCACCGUCUGGGCCAUGUUGUGUUUUUGUAGAUGCACAUUACUUAAACCACGCCUAGCUGUUCCUACAUGAGCAGCGCUGUUCCUGCUGCACAUUGAGGCUCUCAAAAAUGGCUGGUGAUUUGCUGUUACGUGCAUGGCGGCCGGUACUCGCUGCCACCUGCACUCGCUGUAAGACGAGGCCCAUGCC